UGCUGCGAGUUUUUUUUUAUGUUCAAAAUUUUCUACCUCCAUUCAAACGUUCCGAGUGCCAUUAAAGCCGCUAAUACAAAAGACACACACACAUACCAUUAUACGCGACGUUUUUCAUCAAUUUUAUCGCGCUAAGCUGUUUUCUUGGAUUUAUAAAUUUUGCUCGGGAAAAGCGGAAAAGCUUCAAUUAGUACCAAAGAAAAAAUCGCUCACUCUUCUUGCCGAAUCACGUGCUACUAAUCGACAGUGACAGUGCCGGAAGCGUGUUUCGCGGUUUUAGAUUAAAUUUGUUUAUCGAUCCUGCUUGCAGUGAAAUAGGACAUUUACCAACGAUGCAGUUUCGCUAAAAAGUAUCUGGCACACAACUUCCAUAUUCUACGCUAUAUUUCCUUUGCACAGAAGUUGGGGCAAUCUGCAAAUAUGCAUCACAAGGGUGGUGAUUGAAUAGUUAUGGUUACUAGUGUCGUGAAUUUCAGGCGAAAAGUGACAGUGUGAUUAGUUUUUUCUCAAUUGCAUCCAUGUGGUAUGAUUAUAAUAAAUAUUUGACAGUAUCGACUAGUAUUCUUGCUGCUGCAGUGAACGAAGCGCAGAUUUUUGCAAGCUAGUCUGGCACUUUGAACUACUUCUGUUGUGCAAACCGGUCUUUCGAAAUGGCUGCUAAUGAUAAUCAAACUCUGCUGGAUAACCGGAAAAAUGGAUCUAUCAGUAUCGUCGGAGGCAAAGGUCUUGGCCACGAAAUGGAAAAAACACCAUUCCUUCCAUCGGAACCCGUCCGACUUACUCCUGCGUGGGAAGAAAAUAAUCUUCCCAAUGAUGAGCUCAAUUUUAAAGGGGUCACUAUGGAACGGGCCAAAAUGGAGUUACAUCCGCCCCGCGACAAACUGCUGCUCGUGUUCCUGACGCUUAUGAUCCACGGCGUGGGUACGCUGAUGCCAUGGAAUAUGUUCAUCACUGCCAAAUCGUACUUCGUAGAUUAUAAACUGAGUCAAAAUUAUACCGGAGUUGAAUCUGAAUAUGGUACCUACUUCCUGUCCUAUGUUGGGUUUGCAUCGCAGAUUCCCAAUUUGUUGUUUAAUUGGUUAAACAUCUUCAUGAAUCUCGGUGGAAAUUUGACGAAACGCAUCGUCUACAGCAUUCUGAUUGAAGUCAUAGUAUUCGUUGUAACAGUGGUUCUUGCCAUGAUUGAUUCAUCCGAGUGGCCCGGAGCCUUCUUCUGGAUUACUAUGAUAACGGUUGUAAUUCUGAACAUGGCAGGAGGGAUCUAUCAAAACACGGUUUACGGAAUGGUUGCCAAGUUGCCUUUCAAAUAUACUGGUGCUGUCGUGCUAGGAUCCAAUAUUAGUGGAACGUUUGCAUCGAUCAUCGCAAUCCUCAGCUCGCAGUUUGCUUCCUCAGUUCGUACCGCAGCUAUUUACUAUUUUAUCACAGCGAUGUUCGUAUUGUUACUGUGCUUCGAUACCUACUUCGCAUUGCCUUUAAACAAAUUUUACCGAUACCAUGAAAUGCUGAAAGAAAAGGAACACGAAACUCAUAAACGAGCUGGAAUCAAUGUUGAUGGACGGCCACCCUACUGGACUAUCUUCAAGCAGGCAUUCCCUCAGCUGUUCAAUGUAUUUUUUGUAUUUUUUAUUACGUUAGCCGUGUUUCCAGCAGUUCAUUCGGAUGUCAAACGGUCAGAUACGGAUUUCCCGAUUGGUGACGAUCUGUUUGUGAGUAUCACAUGCUUCCUUACCUUCAACGUAUUUGCCAUGCUGGGUAGCUUGACAACUUCUUGGAUAACAUGGCCCAAACCGAAGUACCUGGUGUGGCCAGUAAUUCUUCGUGUCGUAUUCUUGCCACUAUUCUUGUUUUGCAACUACCGACCACUUGGAAUUGAGCGCGUUCUGCCGAUCUAUAUAAAUAGCGACUGGGUUUACUGGGGAGUGGCUGUAGUAAUGGCUUACUCAUCCGGAUAUCUCAGCUCUCUAGGUAUGAUGUACACUCCGCAAAGUGUAGAAUCGCAACAUGCUGUAACUGCGGGUAUGUUUGCCGCGGCUAUGCUCAUCACCGGUAUUUUUACCGGUAUUCUGUUUUCGAUGGUUUUCCCAUGGGUUGUGCAAUACAAUUUCCUCGAUUGGCUGCACUAGGGCUGGCGCUGGGGAGUUGGUUUGCUAGCUCUGAAUAGCUAGAUCAACUUAUCCAGGCGCCCGUCACCAGGCGGUCUUCUACAAUCUACACUACACUUGGUAUGUUGCUACUUAGCAACAGACAUUUUAAAAAUGCUUUCUUUCGUUUAUUGAAAACUAUAGAUUUUCAACACGGCACAUGACUGCAGAAGCACAAUUAAACGGGAUCCGAAAACAUUCUGUAUACUUGGCCAGAUUCAAAACCAAAAUUAAUUACGCACUUCCUAAGAGCGUCAAAGAUUAAGUUUACAUUAUCUUAUUCUGUGUUUUACUAAUUUAUCUUCAAAUUAUCAUUAAAACGAAGAUAAUGUAGAUGACUGAUAGAUUUUUAUAGGUGUUUCCCUUCUUAUGGUUUUAUCGACGUGUUCGUGCUAGCAUAGAUUAUUCAGUUAGGAUUCAAGCGAAUGCUGUAUUUGAAUCAGCUGUAUUUGAAUUUGCUUUUAUGUAUUUGAAUAUCGUACGGUUACAAGCAUUGUAUUGCUCUCAUCUUGUGUAACAUUCAUUGUUUAGUUAAGAUUUCGUUAUCAAUUAAGUUCGAUACAGUCGAAAUUGGUUUGUAAUAGUGUUAAUGUUUUACAAGAAAGUAUAUUUUUUUACAAACAAAAGCUCUUACUUGAAAUUGUUUGAAGAAUGUUCCCCAUGUCGCUUAUAACGUUAACUCUCUCUGUCCAACGGGUGUACGGUCAAUCCAACAUUUUCGACUAUCUGGAGGUUGUUCAUAAAUAUAUAUAUGACAAUAUCGAUUCAAUUACGUU